AUGUCUAUUUAUCCUGCAUCCAUCGACGACAACGAUCCCGCUUUUUUCUAUUCGCCCGGAUGGGAGCUUAUCACGAAGGACGGGUUGUGGACUGGAACGAUGCAUUCUACAGACAAGACGGGAGCAUUUGCUAGGAUCCAGUUCACUGGGUCAGUCGUUGCUGUCAUUUGCACCAUACCCACUGGAGACGGCCGGCCCGUAUCAGCUAAUUUCACGAUUGACGACGGACCACCGACUUUCGUGUCGCAUGCAUCAACUCCGUCAGUACAAUUUGAGAAGAUAUUCUGGGACUCUGGGCCGCUGCCAAUGGGAAACCACCUCUUGACGAUCACCCAUGCGGGUCCCAACAUGUACCUUCGCGUGAAUCGCGUCGACUACGACCCGACGGAUAGUCACGCGCCGAGGGUUAAUUCAUCGGCUCCACAAGAUCCUGUUUCAGUCCCAGCUAUCACCUCGAUAGUGAUGAACAAAGUCGGUGACCCAACAUCAAUGGUCGCACUUCCCAGCUCCAGCACUAUGGUUUCGUCAAGUAACUUACAAACAGCGACAUCAGCACCGAACGUCUCUACAUUGAUACAAACUGUUUUGGCCACUGUAUCACCAUCUACGGCCAAUCCGACAAGCACCACGGACACCUUGAAUGGCGCGAACACGACUGCCGGGCCUGUGGGGCUGUUGCCGUUGUUCUCCGUCGGCGGCCUCGGCGUAAAAGUACCACCUCUCUAG